AUGUAUUUGUUGUGGUUACUUUCCAUGUUUUUGCUCAGUCAGCGGUGUUUUGGUGAAGUCCUUGGAGGUUAUGCUGAGCAUUAUGAACCGAACCCACCAGUAACUCAUAAAGUAAUAAUGGUGUUGCAAUAUACUGAGAAUGAUGUUGUUAAGGACCAUGAAAUUGUUAUUGAUUUAUAUGGUACCGUAGUGCCACUUACGAUUGAAAACUUCUCCCGUUUAGCUAUGGGAGUAAAAGCGCAAGUCCAGGGCAGGGACCCGAACGAUGUUAUCACUGUUUCAUAUAGGGAUACCUUCAUUCAUUAUAUCGCUAAAGACUUGUAUAUUCAAGGUGGAAAGGUUCUUCCUAACAUAGGGCCUUUUUCCAUUCACGGCAGCAGGUUUGCGGACGAAAAUUUCGAUUUAAAGCAUGACAGACCUGGCCGUGUUUCUAUGGCUAACAAUGGUCCAGAUUCUAAUGGCUCUGAGUUCUUUAUCUUGACUGCUAGUUCUGCUCCACAGUUGGAUAAUAAAAAUGUGGUAUUUGGACAGGUCGUUUCAGGUUUGGAUGUAUUGAUAAACAAAAUCCAGUAUGUUCCAGUAGACGAUAAAAUGCGUCCCAAGUCAGAAGUGAAGAUCUUGUACAGUUACACCGAGCCAAUGGCUUUAGGUGACAGGGAUGGUCUUCAUCAGCAGUAUUUGCAGCGCUUGCAAGAUUACAGAAACGGGGACAUCAAAAAAGGUAUUAUUAUGAAGGGUGAAUCAUCCUCUCUUAGAAAUACAGGCGUGGGCAAUAGUAGCCAAAGAAACUAUCUCUUAAUGGCAUUACUUGGUUGCGGGCUAUUCAUUGGUCUCAAGAAAUGGAGACAGUUGUUUCCAAAAUACAGUAGCAAAGUUGUUUCUGUUAGAACCUAA